GGGGUCAACAUCUUCCACCCUUGACGUCAAUUCUACAAGAUACGACAACUCCCUUACCUCCUUCAAUACAAUUCUCAAAGCCGCCGCAGCACAUUUUAAACCCAGCCAUUCAUAACUCACCGAUCGCUCCUAAUCAACCUAACCAUUCCUCGAUGGGAUCUCAAUUAUCUUCUUUAAAUAAAAUCGAAAGCUAUCCUGGUUAUCAUGAAUCGAGUCAAAGUUCGAUGACUGAUGACAUACAUCCUCGACCGACGAUAAGAAAACCUUCGUAUGGUCCUUCUCUACCGUCAAUUAAUUCAAAUUCUUAUGGUACAUCUGCACCGCAACAACAGCCCUGGCAACCUAUCGAGCAUCAACAGCCUUAUCAUUAUCAACAACCUUUACAAUCUCCUAUUCAUUCGCUACCACCACCACCGUACUUAUAUGACCAGCAACAGGCGACGCGAUUCGGUCAUGGUCUUCCUGUUCCACCACAACAUUCUAAUUAUCCCCAAUAUGGAUCUUACCUAAGUAGAGAUAAUUCCGAAUCUCCUUAUGUUCAAACUACUGAGCCACCUUUGGUUAAAUUGGGAAAGAAACGUGCUGCUCCACCAGGGAGAUGCCAUUCAUGCAACAUCUCCGAAACUCCUGAAUGGCGUCGUGGCCCCGAUGGUGCUAGAACGUUGUGCAACGCGUGUGGACUUCACUUUGCUAAAAUUACAAGAAAGCGUGCAUUGUCUGCUAUGCAACAACAAUUACAACAACCAUCAUCUACAUCAGAAACCAUUGUAUCCGAUAUAAAUCACAACUUACAAAAUGAUAAUAAUGGUCUUCAUGACUUGGCUUCAAUGCCAACACCCAGCGCUUCGGAUGUCGAAAGAGAUUCUCCUCCACUUAAGCAACCACGAACUGAGUCAA